CUCAGAGGCCAUGGCUCACGGGCCCAGCCGCUCCGCGGCAUGUGGGAUCUUCCCGGACCGGGGCACGAACCCGCGUCCCCUGCACUGGCAGGCGGACUCUCAACCACUGCACCACCAGGGAAGCCCGAGAAUUCAGUACUUUUAAACAUGGCAGAAUCUAACAGGCAGCAGAGAAAACAUGUUUUCUUAUUUACUAACCAGAAAACUUAGCUGAGAGUUGAAUUAAGGGUUGAAUUAUUCUGUUUUUUCAGUGAAAUGCAGUCUUACAAAUCAAAAUCACUUCUUACAAUCAGGAAAAACUCUGCAGUUGUUUCUGGAACAACUGAAUACCUGUUAUUUUUCUUAUCUUAGGGUAGAGGUUCAGUGUUCGCUUGGGAGAGAAAGGUAGUAAUUAACUUUGUUACUCUUCUUUUUCUUCAGAGGAAUCUUCUAGCAUGCCCAGUCUACCAUUAACUUCUCAAAUUUGUUAUCUGGGUGUCUUCUAGAGGCUCAAGAUGAUUUCCUUCCCUGUGUGGUGAAUUUUAGGCAUGAUCUAAAAGGGUAUCCAAAAGAUUCUUCCUUUUACUCUGAGCAGCAGUUGCCCGUGUUUCUUUAGUCUGAAUUAAACUGGCCGUGAAAAUGAGUGCUGUAUCCAGACAGGUCCAUGCUGAAAGUUUGUGAAUACCCUGGAGGAUGCUCUAGCUGUUGUAACUCAGAAGUGGGUCCUAUCCUACAGAGAGCUCCUUGACAAAACAACAACUUCCAAAAGACUCAGCAAUGUUUGGUCUUUAAAGUGGAGUUCUGUUUAUGGAAUUCGUUUGUAGGCCAGUAGCAAAUUCUGCUUUAACUUUACCAGUCAGGUUUACUAAUAAAACAUUCACAUGUACUGGAAGUGAAACAAAAUCAUCCUUGUCUCUUUUGGCCUGUCUGUCUAAUGCCUGUACCUGCAGGAAGUUCACACUGUAAGAACAGUUCUCAUAGGCAGGAGGUUAGAGUCUUCAGUUUUCCUACAUGAUUUGCUAACCCUCUGCUUACUAUAAAACCAUUACUCAAAUACCUUUAGACUUUACCAUAGUUAUUAAUCUGCUUGAUGCGAAACAACUUUUGUAUUUUUCUGGCUAAUGUAUUGUAUAAGCUAUAGGAGAACACCUGUGAGAAAUUUAUUGUCUGAAACAUAUGAUAGGAGGAACUGCUUUUUAAAAAGAGUUUUGUUUUUGUAUUCAUUUGAGAUAGAACAAGUUGAAGGAAUUAUUGGUUGAAGAAGUCAUGAUUUAAAUCAGAUCUUGUGUGUGAAUGCUUGCGUGCGUGUGUAUUUAUUGAAGAAAAUGUGUCUCAAUUUGAGAACUGGAAAAUUGGAUAUUUGAUUUUAAUUAUAUUUUUAUUUAUUUAAAAAAGUAGAAGUGGUCUUUCAUUAUUGAUUUUUUUGUCCCACAGAAUGACUUAAAUUUUCCCUGCCUGUUUGGUUAAGACACAGGGGAACAACUUAAAUCUGUGAUAAUUUCCAAGUUACAUAAUUUUAAGAGGCUUUCCUCUUAUACAGAACACAAGGAGAAAAGAAAUUCAGCUGGAAAUCAUUUCACCAUUUUUGCUGUAAAUUUUUUAAUGUGUUUGUGAUAUGAUAGUAUUAAUUUCCUUGCUAGAUGUGGAUGAUUAAUUUUUUCAUCUAUAUUAGGAAUUAAAUAUUAUUAACUGGGGAUAAUGAGUUGAUCUACUCUCAUGCUUAUAUCUGAGAUCUUGUAGUACUAUUCCAUUCUCUUUUGAAUUAUAUAAGGCAUUUCUCCAUUUUUGUGUGGUACUUAUAGCCAUAACCCUUAUUUUGAAGGUUUUAUAUUGUAGAUAUUUGACUUAAUAUAAAAUUAUUUUUAUGCAAGAUAAAAGAUGUAGAGUCUUUAGUUCAUCUUAUGAUGCAAAGGAGAAUAACUGGGCAAGGAAUGUGGUUAAAUAGGGCUUUUUUCCUUUUAAAUUUAUACUGCUAAAUACACCAGGAGAUCAACAUCAAAAUCAAAUCCAAGGACUUCCAUAGACAUUACAGUUCAAUUUUAGUUACGAAAGCAAAGAAGUCUUUAAAAAGCUCUUAUACAGUCCAUUUUUAUUUUCUUGAUGAAAUGGUAACUAGAUACCUGGUUAAUCAGAGUUUAGUUUUAUUCCAGACUUUGUUUUUAUGUUGGGAGGAACUGAACUUUGAUCUUAGUCACUUGUGAGUCUCCGUAGUGAAACUGAACUCCUUUCAUUUAACACUUAGUACGUUUGUGCAUUAGGAAAACUUAUUAGAGGAAAAUUAUGUAUAUAUGCAGACACAAAGUGGCUAAACUCAUCUGUUAUGAACAAAAGUUAAUGAGGGAGAAUUUGUGCAUCCACAUACAAGUUUUCUUGAAUUAAAGGAGAAAAACCAGACCCUGACAAAGGAGGGCUGGACUGAAAAACAGUACCCUCAAUACUACAGAAAUGAGGAAAAGAGGUAAUGGGCAACAGAGAGCUUCGUCCUGCUCUGAGAUCCCGAAGAAUCCCCAUCCCCUCCCCCCUGACCUCCUGCCAGAAUGUUGGGUUUCAAAGAAUGCGCAGAUUAACGGAUAUCAGGAGUAGUGUGGCCCUGGGCUAAGGAUAAGGAUAAUUUACCUGAGUAACAGUCCUGGCUGAAUCAUUACAGGCCUUCUACUUGGUAUAUCUCUGUGUAAGCGUAAAGGGAACUUAGCCAAGGAGCAUUAAAACCAUUGCUGUUGGAAGGAAGUCAUAUAGUAAGGAAACCACUGAAGGCCGAGAGAAAAGCAAGAACAGAAACACAGCCCCAAGGUCUGUAAGACUCAGAGUUGGGCAGUACCCACCCAUAAGGGAGCCAGCAUAGAUCUGAAGUGAAUACCUGUGACGGAGGGUCUGCGUGUCAGGGAAAGCUGCUGCUGCUGGACAUAGGCCCUGCAUCAUCAACUGAUUUAACAUGGCAGCGUCUGUGACACACUCUGCCUCUAUACUGCCUUCUCUACGGAAAAACCAAGUGGCCUUGAAGGAGGGUAAGAUAAAGUUUCAGACUUGGGCUCAGCAGAAGAGGGAUCUGAGGCUGGGGCCAGUGCCAGGAUCUUCAUGUUUCAGUUUGAGGAUUGUGUUGCUGUUGGUGAUUUCUCUGCCAAGCUUGUACUGUGACCUGGGAUCAGUAUAUUACUCUUCCUAUGAAACAGUCACCCCCAAGAGUCUGACAGUGGAAGGAAGGGAAGACCAAGUGGAAAAGCUCUCCUAUGUGCUAUUUAUGCAGGGCCAGAAACAGCUGAUUCACCUGAAGGUGAAGAGAGACUAUUUUGUGAAUAACUUUCCAGUCUUCAGCUACCACAAUGGCAUCCUGGGGCAAGAAAUGCCUUUCAUCUCACAUGACUGUCAUUACGAAGGCUACAUAGAAGGAGUCCCAGGUUCUUUUGUUUCUGUCAACACCUGUUCAGGCCUCAGAGGCGUCCUGAUUAAGGAGGCAAAAUCCUAUGGCAUUGAGCCCAUUCACUCUUCAAAACGGUUUGAACAUGUGUUGUACACCAUGGCCCAUGAAGCUCUAGUCUCCUGUAGUGUCACUUCCAAUGACAGCCAAGUGGCAUUCACCAGCCAGCAACAAGAGAGCAGCAAGCCUCGCAGUCAGCAGGUGCCAUCCUACUUGUGGUCACAUACCAAAUACGUGGAGAUGUUUGUCGUGGUCGACAACCAGCGGUUCCAAAUGUGGGGCAGUGACGUCAAUGAGACAGUCCAGAGAGUAAUGGACAUCAUUGCUCUGGCCAACAGCUUCACUAGGGGAAUAAACACAGAGGUGGUGCUGGCUGGAAUGGAGAUUUGGACCGAGGGGGACCUCAUACAGGUCCCAGUGGACCUGCAAGUUGCACUCAGGAAUUUCAAUAGCUGGAGACAAGAGAGGCUCUUCCAUCGUGUGAAGCAUGAUGUUGCCCACAUGAUCGUUGGACACCAUCCUAAAGAGGAUACAGGGCAGGCAUUUCUCAGUGGUGCCUGUUCAAGUGAUUUUGCAGCAGCUGUUGAAUCCUUCCACCAUGAGGAUGUCCUCCUGUUUGCAGCACUCAUGGUCCAUGAGCUUGGGCACAACUUGGGUAUUCCGCAUGACCAUUCGGCCUGCGUUUGUAAAGAUAAACCCUUUGGCCUCAUGCGUGAAAAUAUCACUAAAGAAAGUGGCUUCAGCAACUGCAGCUCUGACUUCUUCUACCAGUUCCUCUGGGAACACAAAGGGGCCUGUCUAUUUAACAAGCCUGGGCCCAAAGGCCGCGUACGGAGGGAUUCCCGCUGUGGAAAUGGUGUUGUAGAAGAGGACGAGCAGUGUGACUGUGGUUCUGACUGUGACAAUCACCCAUGCUGUGACCAAACAUGUAGGCUGAAGGAGAAUGCAGAGUGUGGUGAUGGACUCUGCUGCGUUAAAUGCCAACCGAAAUAUAAGGGAUUCAUGUGCCGUCCUGCUUUGGGGGAGUGUGACCUCCCAGAGUAUUGUGAUGGUUCCUCUGGAGAAUGCCCCAUAGACAGCUAUAAGAUAGAUGGUACAACGUGUGAUAGAAUUCACUAUUGCGCUGGAGGUCGCUGUAAGAACCCUGAUAAUCAGUGCAUGGAUAUAUAUGGGUUCUCUGCAAGGUCUGCCCCAGAAAACUGUUACAUUUCAAUGAACAGAAGAGGGGACCGGUUUGGAAACUGUGGUAUUACCAACUCACCUAGGUUAAGAUAUUUGAAGUGUGUAGAUGAUAAUAUAUUUUGUGGGAAACUUAUAUGUACAAAUGUUAGACAGGUACCACAAAUCAAACCAAAUCAUACACUGAUCCAGGUCGCUCAUGAAGAUGACUGGUGCUGGAGCAUGGAUGCCUAUAACACUACUGAUAUCCCUGAUGAUGGAGAUGUACACACUGGCACUCUUUGUGCUCCAAACAAAGUCUGUGUAAAUUACUCUUGUACUGAUUAUGCUGUGCUCAAGUAUGACUGCAAACCAGCAGAAAUGUGUAAUGGUAAAGGAGUUUGCAACAAUUUUAGGCACUGCCAUUGUGAGGCUGGCUAUGCUCCCCCUGACUGCAGAGGUCCAGGAGAUGGUGGUAGUGUAGACAGUGGUCCACCUGGCAAACCAACUGAAAUUCAAAGUGUAGGUGUAGGUGGCGGUUCUUUUCAUCAUAGCAUUGAGUUUAGAAAUGUUGGCAAGCUAAUUUUCAUACUCCCUUCAUUUCUUUUAAUAUUGUUGUUAGUUUUAAUAUUUUACAUUACCCUCAGGGCUGUAAAUGAGUCAGUAGAGACCCUAGGGCAUACCUUGGAGGAAAGUUCAGAGGAAACCACUAGUGAGGGAUUCUUAACGGAGUUUCUACCAGUGGGGCUACAAGAGGAGGAGUCAGAAAACAAGGACCAAGAAGAGGAGGCCCCCUUGCCGCCGCUGGAGGCUCCCCCGCCGCUGGAGGCAAUGCUGCUGCCGCCGGAGGCCCCACCACCAGGAGAGCCAGCACCAUAAGAGGUAGCAGGUGAAGGAAAAGGAUAACCAAAGGCAGAAGUGUAUUGGAAGAAUCCAAAAAUAUCGAAUAUCUCAAGCACUGAGUGGGAAAGAGGGGCUCAGAGAAGCAAAGGUGAAGUGACAACUGAUGGUUCCUGUAGCUCUGAACAGGAUAUAUAGUCUACAGAAACAUACUAACAUGGGAACAGAGA